AUGGUCUGGCUUGGCAAUGCCCUUUUCAUCUCUCCAAAUCCAUCCACCCGCCGCUUCGCAACGCUUCUCGACUGCAUAGCCUCAAUCUCCUGCCUCCCGCCCGCACACGCAGCUCCCCAAGUCACAAUCGACAUUGCCCUCGCCAAUUAUCAGCAUAGCAUGGCUCUCCGUGCAGGAGCUUCACGUCUGCUUUCUCGCGCGGCCCCGCUCGCCCGGUCUCUUUCGCAAGAUGUCGCGUCCCCAGCUGCGCGAUCCGUGUCAACUUUUUCGUUGCCGGAUCUGAAGUAUGGCUACGCCUCGCUUGAGCCGCAUUUUGACGAGAAGACUAUGACGGUUCAUCACACUAGACAUCACCAGACUUAUGUCUCUAAUUUGAACGGCGUUCUCACAGGCGAGCAUGGAAGCGAGAUUCAGGAUCUGUCACUAUCUCAAAUUCAGAGAAAAGUUAGCUCGCUGCCGGAGGCUAUCCGCACGACAGUCAUGAACCACGGCGGCGGUCACUACAACCACACCUUAUUCUUCAGCAUUCUCGCACCCGAGACGGAGACGACCUCCGCGCCAGUAGACGAGCUCAAAACCAUGGUAGAGACCGAUUUCGGGUCCUUCGACGCCAUGCGCAAGGAGUUUAACGCCGCGGCGAUGAAGGUCUUCGGGAGCGGUUGGGCCUGGCUUGGUGUGGGGAACGACGGCAAACUAUGUAUUUCUAACACGCGCAACCAGGAAAACCCGCUCAUGGAAGGAAUCGUUGACGCACCGUCUACUCCUAUCAUGGGACUCGAUAUCUGGGAACAUGCCAUGUACCUCAAGUACCUAAACCGCCGCCCUGAAUACAUCGACGCGUUCUGGCACAUCAUUGAUUGGGAGCAAGUCGCAGCGAACUAUUCGGCUGCACGCGACGGUCAAACGGCUAUUUUUGAUGUACCCAUGGAAGAAUAGAGACAUAGCGGCACAGUGUACUGGACCUCGCUCACAUCGCCACGCGGCGUGUUGUUGUAAAACUAAGCUUGGAGAAAUAGCUCUCAGAGUGCAGUAUAUAGCUCGGAUUUAUAGAGGUUGCGGAAUAAGCGAAAUGACGCUAUGACGCAAACCAUCACUGAUUGACUGCG